CAAAGCAGUGGUGAACCUAUUCCUUCAGAUAUGCUUAAUGACUGCGAUCAGGAGAAAGUAGCACGGUACUUCGGCCCCGAUGGUCCAGUAGAAGAGCUACUCCACAAGCGCUCGAUAUCGCCCAUUCUAGAGGUGCUGAAGGAGUGUAAUCGCGAGAUGAGUCGGGAUACAAAAGAGCUGGAGACUGCGACAGCAUUUAUUCAGCGGUGCAUCGCUCUGCGGCCCUCCGACCGCGCCAGCGCUACGGAACUGCUGAAGGAUCCGUGGCUCUCUUCCGAGCCCAUCUGGGGCGCCCAUGCUUUCCUAGAUCAUAAUCCCAAGGAAGACACUGGAAGCACCCUUAUACACGUACUCACGUCAUGGAAGCUUGCAGAGAUAGCUUGCUAUAGCGGUACACUAGCAGCUACUGCGUGGUUUGUAUGGUCAAUUAUUAGUUAAUCGAGAGCCUGCUG